AUGACCAGCGAGCAUGUGGCGUGCACCAACUGGAAACGGGUUAUGCUCUUCUUGAAACACAACAUGUCAUAUGAUGAGAUCAUGUCCAUACCUGGACACACGAUCCACAGCUGGAGAAACCUGACUCUGUUAAGCACCUUACCGAAUUCAGAGAUAAAGGCAAAGCUGAUGCACUACACCAAGUUCAUGUUUGUCCGGGACCCAUUUGUUCGUCUCAUCUCUGCCUAUAGAGACAAGUUCCAGGGUAACACUACGUUCCAUCAAAGCUAUGCCAGGACCAUUCUGAACCUCUAUGGCAACAAGCGUAGUCGAUUUUAUGUGAAGGGCAAGAGGAAGGCAGUGGCACCCCAGGCACAACCCACAUUUUACAACUUUAUUCAGUACCUGGUAGACCCACGGACAGAGAGGACCAAGCCAUUUGAACCUCACUGGAGGCAGAUGUACCGCCUGUGCCACCCCUGCCUCAUACAGUAUGAUUUUGUCGGCCAUCAAGAGACUCUUCAAGAGGAUGCUGAGCAGCUGUUCAAGAUCUUACAGCUUGAGGAUGACAUUAAGGUCCCUCCUUCCUAUGAAAACAUGACUUCCUCUGGUUCUGUGGAGGACUGGUUCAGAACAGUGCCCCAAGAGGACAGGAGGAAGCUGUUCAAGAUCUAUGAGAGGGACUUCAGGCUUUUUGGCUACCAAAGGCCAGCAGGAUUGCUUGAUGAGUGA